UUUUCUUAACGCCCAAGGCGUCUUUCUUUUCUUAAAAACGAGGGUGUGUUUUUCGUUCAGCAUCUUUUCUUCCAUGAACUUUCCAAUUCACCCCAGAACACUUUUUUUCCUGCCUAAGGGCUGUGUUCCUCAAUCAGCCUAAUCAUACAAAUUUUCAGAAUCAUUGUAGACUAGCGCCUAUGCAUUUUCAAAUUCGAAUAUUCCUGGGUUUUUCCUCGUAAACAGUCAUAUUCAUCAACAUCCUCUUUUACGGAUUUGCUUUUUCUUCCUCUGCAUGUAGAGGACCCUAUCCCAAACCAAACCGAAAAAAAUGGCUUGGGAACCCAUUCUUUGGCUGAUAUUUUUAGUCAUUAACAUUGCACUAAUUUCAUUAGUCAUCUAUCAGAUCGUGUGCUUAACAGAUUUGGAAGCUGAUUAUAUGAACCCUUACGAAUCUUCAUCUCGUAUCAACUCUGUGGUCCUUAAAGAGUAUAUUUUACAUGGUGCAUUCUGCAUCCUAUUCCUUAUUACAGGGCAUUGGUUUAUCUCCCUGCUAACAUUUCUUCCUACUUACUAUAAUGUGAGAAAAUUCUUAAGCCGGCAGCAUCUUAUUGACGUGACUGAAGUUUUUAGGUUCAUUCAGUCUGAGAAGAAGAUUCGGAUAUUCAAGCUGGGUUUCUACUUGGUCCUCUUUGUGUUGGUGCUUGUCAGAUUAUCCAAUGGCAGGACACAUUCUCUACUUAGCUAUCAGUUUUCCGGUCCAAUGUUGGAGAUUUUUACAUUCAGUCCUCAGUUCUUGAAUUCUAGACGGUUCUUAGGUCUGAUAGGUGGCUCCUUUGAUUCUGAAAAGUAUAAUGUGCUCCUCUAUCUCAUAAUAAGAUAAGGAAUGAAUAUGUGAUAUGACACCCUGUUCUUGUUUGCUCUCCAUUUAGGCUCUGUUUCUUUCGAAUUUUCUACAAUUAGUAAUACUGAUAUGAAAUUAUAGAAUAAGCUUUAGAUCCAAUGAGAAUAUCAAGCAGCUGUA